CGACGCUCCAAGACGGCCCAAGAUGCCCCGCAGAACGCUUCCGUAGCCAUUUUGGCUCAAGCCGCUCCGCGCGAGAGCCGCCUCCGCACGGAGGCCCCCCCCUGGGGCGCGCGGGGCGGCCAGGGAGGCGAUGAGCACGGAGCCGCUGCUCGGGGCGGGCGCGCGGCAGGGGAGCGGCAUCGGAUGCCGCGCCGUCUAGCAUUCUGCGUUGGCGAGCUGGUGGGCAACUACCACUGCCGAGGAGUACUUGUCGUCGCCGGUCAGCCGGCGCUGGCUCUGGAAGUACUACGCCGUCAUUCCGAUAUUGGGCAUGUUGGCGGACGUUGCUUACUGCGACAUAUUUGGCCAGGACCUUUCAGAGACACUGGGUCCAUCUGACGCUACCGAUUUCGCUCUGGCGGUCUUGCUCGCGUACCUUCCGCUGAACACCCCGAGGUCGGAUGUAAUACUGAUCGCUUGCAUGAUCUCACAGUUCUGGGUGUCGUUUUUGAGCCCUGGCUUGGGCACGACGGGUGCGCAAUUUGUUUACGGUGGUCUCGUGGUCAAAGUUGUUUUGUGCUUCGCGUUGGGCAUCCACUCGCUCUGCGUAUUUUGUUUCGGCGCCUGCUCGUUAUUGAUGUACGAUUUCUAUUUAGAACUGCGUUUGGAAUACACAGGUAUGCUUUACACAAUGAUUUGCACAGUGUCGUUGAUCACAUCUGUGUUCACAGUGCUCGAAUGGGUUAUCGCAUCAUAUUUCAAUGAGUUAAGAGAGCGCCUUAGUUCUAUUCAGAAGUUGCUCGACAAGGAAACUGAUGGAUAUUGUGCAGUGAAUCGACAGACAGGUCGCAUCGCACAUAUGAGUAAGAGUUUGGAACACGUUCUGGGUGAAGGCCUCCUGGGAGCACAGGUCUUAGAGCUGAUAGACGAUCGGGACCGUGCGGAGGUAAAGCGCUUGUAUACAGGUGCCAACCCAGACGCGGCAGAACCAGCACUCGCAACGUUUGCGCGUCGGACGCCGAGCAAGAAACGUGGUAAGGUGGAGUUCGACGCAAAGUUAGUGCCCUACCGCUUCACUGCGUCCGAAGUCCGCAUCAGGUUCCAGGUUAUCGGCGAGCUGAGGAUGACCAGAGGCUUGAUGGAUGGGGCCGCAGACGCACGGGAUACUCGCCCGUCAGGCGCUGCAUCGGAGGAGGAACGACUCUUUGGACUGCAGGAGCAGAGCGCGGCCCUUGCCAGACCCUGACGGCAUGGCGAGCGCGGAGCCGAGAGACAGGGUCGAGCCCCCGAGGUUGCGGAUCUCCGAGCCUCACAUUUGUCCACAUGCUCGGCAGAGGCGUUCGACACCCUGCAGAUUGGCGUUUGCCUCUGGGCAUCCGAGCCUCCUCGUCUGCAAACAGCAGCUGCAGCAGGGAGCUGCUGCCUGGCCAGGGGGAAGCUCCUGCGCCGGUUCCCACCCACGGGCACGGCCGGGCGUCGAGAAGUGGAUCGUCGAUGCGGUCAGCCAGGCCACGGGAGACGAGACCUGCCCAGAGCCGAUCGAGAAUUCGGAGCUCAAUUUGCCGCCAGCGCCUGCGCUCAGAGUCACUGCGAAGAGGACGGUACCUUGUCGGUGCCGGCAGUUCUGUGCUUGAGCGGCGUGACGAUCUCGCAGAGGCUAAAUCGCGAAGCAAACGAGCGGCUUUUGUCUGCGAUCCCCGAAGAUGCUCUGACGGUGGCGAACAGCGACAGCGUGUCUCCUUGGGACAGCGUCUCGAAUAUCGCCACAGGAUUCGCAGAGCCCGAGGGCCAGCUAGACUCCCUAUCUCCUGAGGACGGCCCGGCGAUGUAAGUCGUGCGCUGCUUGUGGUGCGCUGCUUGUGGUGCGCUCUGGCCGUCUUUCCGCCACUCGUGGGCCGGGGCCCAGAGUACAAUCACGUUCGUUCCAACAUCGCCACCAAGUACGAGCUGCAGUCCAACUACUGGACCAGUGUCCCGAGAGUGACGUCCAAGAGCGGGUGGGUGACCAUCGGCCAGGGCGUUUCAUUGGCAAGCAGAGCCCGAAUGAUGAGAGCUGGUUGCGAGCUGGCGAUCACGAUCUUAUCGAGGCCCCCUGAUUAGCGACUUCGUCCUUUGGAUGGUUAGUCUUCGAAUGGAGGUGCUACUCCAGAGCUAGGGUGCACCUCUUCACCAUCUUCUUCGAUGUCAAACAUUGUCACAGGAAUUGCAGAGACGACGAAUCAGCCAGAGCGGUCUAAUUAGGCGCUUUCGGGCAAGGCCUGCGUUUUGCAAAUGCUGUGCAUGUCGUAUUGCAUAACAGUGUCGCUUCUUACCGAAGGGAUCUAUCUUGAACAUCGGACAGCGAGAAAAAAAAAUAUGCCCCGCAGAACGCUCCAGGACGGCCC